CAACAUUGUCCACCCUGUCGACUAUCUCUCGGUAUAAGUGGCUGACGUCAGGUACGUGCAUAGCAACUCUAUCGUCGAUCAUUGCGCUCGAGUCUUGUCACCGCCUUCUUCAAAGGGCCAUCUAGCCAUGUCCAACACCGCCGAGACCCAUCAUACCUUCGGCUCCUCCUGCCGAUUAGCGCCCAUCACCGAACCCGAACACACCGACGGGCUCGAGGGCAUCCCGCCCAUCAACGCCCAGUUCUUCUACUCGUCCGCCAUCCCCAUCGAUGACCCCUUGUCUGUUGCCACAACUGUUGGCUCCUCCGAUGCGAAAGCAGCAAACCUGCCACUGCGACCCUUCUCCCCCGGCGAUAACAGGGCGUUAGAGAGGGCAUGGCUGGGCUUCUCCUCUGACAGGGACAGGCGGAAUCACAGACACGCUCAAAGAAACCGGAGUCCAAGUCCGUCUCUCUCCAAGGAAAAUGCCGAGAAACUUGCCGCUAUCGUGGCCCUGCUGGCUGCCAAACACAAGGAAAAGCAUGACCGGGAGGGCCACUCCGCCUUCUCAGCCUUGGCCACCACCGAGAACGAGGAUAACCACAGCGCCCCAGUAUGUUGCGCCGAGCUUUCCAUCGAUGCUUCCGCAGAGUUAAGAAAAGAGUUUUGCGCCGUCACCAGACGUCGCCAGCCAUCCCUCGACCACGACCGUGUUAUUCAGGAGGUUAUGGCCCAGUUAACUCGCUUGUGGGCAAAUUCAGACAUUUCGCAAGAGUCCUCGACAUUCAUGCCCUCAAGUCUUCCGCUUGGCACUAGCCCUCUCCAAAGACUUUCGGGCUCCCUAGAGGUGAAGCCUUCCUCCUUCAACGAUAACCAGCUCCCUCUUUCCGCAGUUGGGAGGAUGAUUCCAAGACCCCCGGUCGUGGACGAUGGAAUCUCAGGCAAGCCGUUCGUUCGUGUCGAAUCACUCAGCCGGUCAGUCGGUGCUACACCAGAAGACAAGCCAUCCAGACCAUCAUCCAUACGCGGUCUUCCAUCACGGCUAGGAGGAAAUGAGACCCGAGCGGCCAAACGUAUCGUCAAAGAAGCGAUCCGCCAAGCAGAAGAUUCUGUUGAGGUGCCUGUUGGUAUUUCGAGGUUGCACAUGGUUUCGCUACCAGUUCUUCAAAUGAAGCCGAUAUACUGGUCGCCUGUCAACGACAUUUCCACAGUGCAACGUGCCACGUGGUUCUACAGAGACACCAUGACUCCCGUCGAACCUGUUGUCGCCAAUCAGCUAGAAGCUGGCUAUCGGGAGUUACGAGUCUGGGGUCAAACAUGGAAGGACGAACUAAAGUCGGCGUUGGAUGUUGGUGCGCUAGGCGAAGAAAAGGUUUCGCACCCCUUAUGGCCAGAAGUUCCGGACAAGCGACCCAAGGUCAAGGACGACAUCCCUCCCGCGCCACCAAUAUCGAGUGAUCCGUUUUGCGCCGCCAGAUGUUUCCGUGGAGAAGCCGCAGCUGAAGGAACACUCGAACCUGUGCAUCCCGAUCAAGAACUGGCGCCACCACCACCCGAACCCUAUGCCAAUUUCCAUGUCAUCUACAAGGACAAGUCCGCCGCGUUUCUUCUGAGGCCCAGCCUCAAACCCAGUGCAUACCAUGGAAGACGACCACUUCAAAAGAUCAUGAAAGGUAUUACAGUGGGAAUUCCUGUGGUUCGCGGUUUCGACCAGGCCAUCUGGGACAAAGUACACCAAAAGAAAGGCACAUCGCCAAAUAAAGCGCCGAAACGCAAAACGCCACGACAGACAAAUGUUUCGGGACAUGGUUGCCCGGCAUGUCAAAUGGAUCAGGAUCGCGGCCAAGUGACCGAUCUUCUCUUGAUUGCGCAUGGCAUCGGUCAAAAAUUUGCCGAGCGGGUUGAAAGUUUCCACUUUACGCAUGCCGUCAAUGCCUUUCGAAGGGCUGUUAACAUCGAGUUGGAGAAUCCCAUGAUAAAGCCGGUGCUCCGGCCUAACCAGAAUGGUAUCAUGGUGCUGCCUGUGAAUUGGCGUCAUCUCCUCAGCUUUGAAGAUGGCGGUCCUAGCAAGGAAGAGGACUCGUCCGCAUAUACUCCUGACGGUUUCGGGCUGAAGGACAUUGAACCCAACACCAUCCCUGCCGUGCGCAGUAUGAUCUCAGACGUCAUGUUCGACAUUCCCUUUUACAUGUCCCACCACAAGCCAAAAAUGAUUGCCGCUCUUGUGGGUGAAGCAAACCGUGUGUAUCGAUUAUGGUGCAAGAACAACCCCGGCUUCGCCGACAAGGGCCGCGUUCACCUCAUCGGCCACUCGCUCGGCAGCGCCAUGGCAGUUGAGAUUCUCUCCAAGCAACCAACCAGCGUCCCCCGACCUCUAGAUCUAUCCAGGACACAACCAGAAACCCGACACUUCGAGUUCGACACCACCAACUUGUUCCUCCUCGGCAGUCCCGCGGCAUUCUUCCUCCUCCUAGAAAGAGGCAGUCUCGUCCCCCGGCGCGGCCGCCUCAAGCCCGGCGCAGACGCAGCCGACACGCUCAACAAGGACAUAGUCGGCGACAUCGGCCGCUUCGGCUGCAUCGCCGUCGACAACAUCUACAACAUUCUCGCCAAGGAGGACCCCAUCGCCUACCUCCUAAACGGGACCAUCGACCCCGUCUACGCCUCCAGCCUCAAGACCGCUUACGUCCCCACCUUCACCACCUCCUUCUUCAAAUCCGUCUCCGACUCCCUCCGCGGUUUAGCCGGUUUCUCAUCAACCGCCACCACCUCCGGCCCCAACACUUCUUCCAACCCUACCGACCCCUCGGGUCAAUCACCCGACCCAACCGGACACCAAUCCCAAAUGCUAUCAACCUCCAAACCCCCCACCUUCCUCCGCCUCCCCUCGCAACUCGAGCUAGAAGUGCACGAUUUCUCCCGGGAAGAAGUCGCCGAAAAAAAGGCCUUUUUGUUGAACGAUAACGGACAAAUCGAUUAUUAUCUGAGAUCAGGCGGCGGGCCGCUGGAGAUCCAGUACCUGAACAUGUUGAGCGCGCACACGAGCUACUGGAAUAAUCUGGACUUGAUUAGGUUUUUGUGCAUUGAGAUUGGACGGCGACCGGGCAGGGAGAAUAGUUUGGGGGUGUUGAGGGCGGAGAAGAUUGUUAGGCUGCGGAAGGGGGAGAGGAUGGGAUAGGACGGUACUGUAGUUUUCUUGGAUGUGCAAUGAAUGGGGUUGGGAGAACUUGGGAGGUUUGAUGAACGAUGAGGUUAUGAGAUUAUGAAGUUAUGGAUGGAAUGACUUGGCGUUGGGAUAUUAUGGGAGGGAGGAAUUUUGGAGUUUCUCUCUUGCAUUGCGUUGCGUU